GGUUUAAAAUUCAAUAUAAAAGAGUAAUAAAUUAUUAUUGACCAUUAUUCGUUUGAGUAACUGUUUUAUUUACAGUAGUCAUCGUAUUUCGUUAAUCUCAACUGCAUAUAGACAAUUAAUAUAGCUGUUAUAAUGACUGACAAAAAGAGUUUAUUGUACCUAUUCGAUCGACCCACUGAACCCAUUUUUGCCGGAAAAGGAAACGAAAAAUCUCCUCAGGAUGCUGGAAAAGUUUAUUUUGAAUUGCCGAAUGAAUAUUUGCCAACUCGCUACCAAAGCAUUUCGUCUGGUUUGGACACGAGGUUCCAAGAUCAAGACAGCAAACAUAAAGCAACGUAUAUACCAGUAACCAAACUGAGCAAACUGCCAGAUAUAUCGUUUGCCUUGGCUUUGAAAAGAGAUACAGCAUUUUGUUUAUUCAAUUCCUAUCACAACGAAAUAGCUGGAAAGUUAAUCGAGCUAUUGAUGAGUACAAAGAAUUUUGACGAACUUUUAUCCCUUAGUUUGUAUCUCCGGGACCGCAUCAAUUCAUAUUUGUUCAUUUAUGCAUUGUCCGUGGUUGUACUUCACAGACCCGACACUCGUAAUCUUGAACUACCGUCACACGCGCAAAUGUUUCCGGGAAUGUACGUGAACUCAACAAACUUUGGUCAAGCCAGACAAGAAUCUAAUUUGAUCCCAGCCGAGAAUAGGGUACCUAUUGAAAUACCUAACGACUUUUCGGCAAAUGAUUUGGACAUCGAAAAUAGGGUCAACUAUUUCCGUGAAGAUAUUGGAUUGAACCUUCAUCAUUGGCAUUGGCAUUUGGUGUACCCUUAUAGAGGACCAAGAAAUGUCGUUGCCAAAGACAGGCGUGGUGAACUAUUUUAUUACAUGCACCAGCAGAUGAUGGGCAGAUAUAACAUGGAACGAUUGUGUAAUGAUAUGGCACGAACAAAACGUUUGACAAACUGGUAUGAGCCAAUUGCCGAAGGUUAUUUCCCAAAAUUAGAUAAUUUACUGGCUAGCCGAACAUGGCCUUCCAGACCACCAAAUUCUAUACUGAGCAAUAUCAACAGGGAGGUUGAAAGACUUCAGUUUGACAUUGAAGAUUUAGAACGCUGGAGGGACCGUAUUUACAAAGCCAUUCACACUGGAACCAUAACCGACACUGCUGGACAAAAAAUUAGACUGACAGAGUUUGAAGGAAUAGAUAUACUUGGAGAUUUGGUCGAAGCAAGUAUUUUAAGCCGAAAUCCUAACUUAUACGGAAAUUUGCAUAAUUCUCUUCAUAACGCCAUUUCUUAUAUACACGAUCCUGACAGUAGAUAUUUGGAAGACUUCAAUGUAGUUGGAGAUCCUGCAACAGCUAUGCGAGAUCCGGUAUUUUAUCGUGUACACGCAUUCAUUGAUGACAUCUUCCAAGAGUUUAAAUCUACUUUACCAAGUUAUAAUGCUCAAACCUUGGGUUUUGAAAACGUACAAGUGCAGAGCGUAGAAGUGAACACCACUGGAGCACAGAGAAAUGUUUUUACGACGUUCUGGCAACAAAGUACAUUGGAUCUAUCAAGAGGUAUAGACUUUCUGCCACGUGGUCCUUUACUAGCUCGUGUUACUCAUUUGCAACACACGCCUUUCACGUACAAAAUUGUGGUUCAAAACAACGGAAAUCAGCGCAUGGGUACCGUUCGAUUAUUUAUGGCACCUAGAUACGAUGAACGUGGUCUGCCAAUAUUAUUCAACGAACAGAGGAAAUUAAUGGUAGAAUUGGACAAAUUUAGCGUACAGUUGCAAAGAGGAAGGAACGAAAUCAAUCGCCAAUCGAUAGAAUCAUCUGUUACCAUACCAUAUGAACAAACUUUCAGAAAUGUCGAUAUUAACAGGGCUGAAAAUAAUUCAUCUGCCGGUCAAGCUUUCAAUUUCUGUGGAUGUGGAUGGCCGCAACACAUGCUUAUCGCCAAGGGUAAUGCGGAAGGAUUCGCCUGUCAACUGUUCGUUAUGGUGUCAAAUGGUGCUAACGAUACGGUAGAGAACAGCGGAAAUACUCAAUCGUGUGAUAAUGCUGCAAGUUACUGUGGUAUUUUGAAUUCUCGUUACCCAGAUGCCAGGUCUAUGGGUUUCCCAUUUGACCGCGUUGGAAGGGAUGCUAUAGCUACUUUACAGCAGUUUUUAACUCCAAAUAUGGCCAUUCAAGACGUUCGCAUCUUUUUCACAAACCGCACACAAGUAAAUCAAUCUAACAGACCAGCCUCUCAAAAUCAAAAUCAAAAUCAAGGCAACAGAAGACCCCAACAAGGUGGAAGAAACUAAUAUGGAACAACAACGAUUAAUACGCUUUUGAUUGAUAUCGAUGGUAUUGAGUAUGUUACAUUAUUCCCAUGUUUCAAUUUAAUAAUAAUAUCUUAUUAAUUUUUUUUAAGUUAUACGAUUCAUAAAUAUUUUUAGCAACAUUAUAAUUUGAAAAUAAGUAAAUACCUUUAUAUUCACAAAAUAUUUUAAAAUAAAAAAGUUAUUUUUAAAGUUCUAAA